AUGAUUUCCAAAACGUUACUCAACAGCGUCUUCGAGCGUACGCGACCGAUAAAGCUCAAUGGGCAUCGUAUAUGUCAACUGCUAUGUUUUCGACGAUAUAGCUCAAGAAACCCUUACAAACCAGAAAUUACCGGGAUUUGGGAAAACUGGAACCCUCAAAUAAGAGAUAAAGCUCCCGAGACGUCAACGUGCGUGAAUGAAAUAUCCUUUUCAGCGCAAAGUCUGGACUUCCCAUCACACGAAAACCACUCAAUCUCGAAACCGAAAAGCCUGAAGCCUUCAAUAAGAAGUCUUGCUGCUGCAGUUACGCUUCCGUCGCUGUUGGAAACUUUGCUGAAACUUGAAAAAGAUCAGCGUCACUAUGAGAUACAUCGCCUCUUCACAACUCACAGGGCUGCCUUACGUGACUUACGGAGCAACUGCCCAUCAGAGAAUUACGCCACGUUUCUCGGUAUCGUGCUCAAGACAGAAUUUGUAUUACGCAAUUACAUCGUUUGCGAAUCAUUGUUCUCAGAGUACAUCAAGUUUCCAAACAUCAAGCCAGGCCUCGUAGACGUUGGACUAGUGACCUUUUUGAAAAACCGUAAUCUCCCGCUAGCAACAGAAUUCUAUUUUCAAAUACUGAAAGAUCCAGAAACAUUCCCCAUAUCACCCCACACUUUGCAUGUCUUUGCUCUGGAGGUCUUUAAAGUCUCUGAUUUGGCUUUAAUGAGACAAAUCAUGUUUGCAUGGCUUGACAGUCCCGAACUCUCACGACUAACCCCAUUUAACGGUACGUUUGCCCUUUUCCAUCGACUCCUGCUGAAGUUCAAUGACUCAGAUGGUAUCAUGCGCUUUAUUUCGCAUCCAAAUGUGGUCAUUACAACUUAUACUACUAGCGACGACUUUGAGGCCUGCAAUUUUCAUCAUAAACUUUUUAAUGGUGAUUUUGAAACUAUUGAAGAUAUUGAUCAAAGUCUACAAGCUUCUCUUACUACCACAAUGGACUCUAGAAGGCUUGAUUUUUACAUUGAGGUUCUUAAAUUUGGCGUCUCCAGAAAUAAUUUCUCCCUGGUACGCUUUGCCACUCAAAAAGCUCAAAAAGACAAUCGUGUCAAGCUCACAGAUGACUUCCACAGGCAUGUAUGCCAGUAUUUUGUCAAAAAUGGUCUAUUAGAAGUGCUCAUCCGUUAUUUGACAGAUAUAGUAAGAGAUGUGCCCGAGUCCCACCUGAAGCACGUAUACGUGGAGCAACUUUGGAGCUGUGCUUUACGCAAAUAUCCCAUUUUGUCGAAAGAAAUUACAAAUGAUUUUUGCCUUCUUUUAAAUCGUGAGAAAGUCAACUUCGAUCGACCUGACUGGCGUAUGCAGUUCGUGAGCGAGAAAAUCAAAAACUAUUUGUUCAAGGUCGAGCAUAAAAAAAGCCGUUUUGCAAGUUACGUCUCAUUAGGCUCUCAUUUUAGUUCAGAAUGCGCCAAAGCUAUACAGGCCGCUGUUCUGAGCGGGAAUGCAAUCACUGCUCGCGCCAAGAUGCUCGACGAACUUCGGCACGGCAUGAAGCCCAGCUUCCCAAUCUUAUACGCCGUACUGAAAGUUUUCAUGAACGAUGACAUGGAAGCUGCAAGGAAAGUGGACCACAUAAUGCGUGAAAUGUACCCGAAAGUACUCACAAAAGUUGAUAUUCUCUGGCUUAAACAAAAUUCACAACGGGCUCUCCGAUUUGUUGACGAGAAUAACUUAGGGCCGGUUGCCAAAGUGGAGGCUGCCCGUAGGGCCGUGGCUAGUGUCAAGGAUUUCGAGAGAGAAAGACGGGCGGAUCUCAAUUUUCAAAAUUACAUGCAGCUCUCGAGUAUUUUUCUUUUAUUCAGAGAUGCGAGAGCUGCCACACAGACGGUCGAACGUGGCAGGACCCUCAUGGACGCUUCCAGCGAGAGGGAAUGGUACAUUUACUAUUCCACCGCGUUGAAGGUCUACACCAGAGCUCAAGAUCCGGAGAGAUUUUUGGAGCUUUUGCGAGAAUGGAACAGCAACGGGGAAGCCCAUUUCCUCACCCGUGACAUUCUUCGCUCCUGUAGGGGCUUCAUCAAAUAUUUCACGAAGCAUCGAGUCGUCGGUGACCUUGUUCCUACCGCUGGACCUGAACUUAUGUCCCAGAUUGACCAGGAAAUGGACGCUCUUCUGGCAAGAUACGUCAAUUACAAAUUCCAGGGUCUUAACGACAUGCGCAAGGUAAUUCAGUUCCUUACUGACUGGAUAAACAUUGAUUCACAAGUCAAAUCUUCCCACAACAACGUAAUGGCAGAACAUACGAGAGAGAAAAAGAAUUCCUCUCUACCGGAAAAACAGCGAUUAAUUCGCAAUGAAUGA